AUGGUGAAAUUUACCAUCUCAACUCAACCGAACAGAGGGCUGAGAGGCGUGGUCAUUGCUGUUGUUGUGGCUGUUAACCAGGAAAUCAAUGAUUUCCAGGUGCCUGAUGUGUUGGGGAUUCAAGCUCAAAUUCUGGAACUUGGUCAACCCAAAUACAACACCACAUUGAGCCUCUCUGGAGUGCCGAGGACAAGUGAUGACCAGCUCUACAUCUGCCGAUACUCGCAUCAUCACCCAAUGGUCACGUUGUUGAAAGACAGGUACACCAUACAGGUGAUCAAACAAAAACUGCCGAUCAAACAAGACGCUGAGCUAAAGAUGCAUGGGAUCCAUCUGGUUUAUGAGGGGGAUGAUGAUUUAGAAGGAGAAGAAGAUACAGUGAACGAGACACAUUUAACCGUUUCUCAGAAACUUGCCAAUUUCUUCAGAUCUUUCGAAGAAGGUGAAGCCAGCUCAGAAAAGUGA